UGUCUCUACGGCUGUUACGUCCACUCCUCCAUCAUCCCCACGUUCCACCGACGGUGCUAUUGGCUGCUGCAGAAUCCAGAUAUCGUGCUGGUGCACUACUUGAACGUCCCUGCUAUCGAAGACUGUGGAAAGCCAUGCGGUCCUAUCCUCUGUUCCAUCAACACCGACAAGAAGGAAUGGGCGAAAUGGACCAAGGAGGAGCUGAUUGGCCAACUGAAGCCCAUGUUUCACGGCAUCAAAUGGACCUGCAGCAACGGGAACAACAGCUCCGGCUUUUCGGUGGAGCAGCUGGUGCAACAGAUCCUGGACAGCCACCAAACGAAGCCGCAACCUCGGACGCACAAUUGCCUCUGCACUGGCAACCUCGGGGCCGGGAGCAGCGUGCAUCACAAGUGCAACAGUGCCAAACACCGCAUCAUCUCCCCUAAGGUCGAGCCGCGGUCAGGGGGCUACAGCGCCCACUCGGAGGUGCAGAACAAUGAUGUCUCGGAAGGCAAGAACGAACACAGCCACAGCAAGUCCUGCAACCGGGAGAAAAGGAACGGCAAAGUGGCCAAACCCGUCCUGCUGCACCAGAACAGCACCGAAGUCUCCUCUACCAACCAAGUGGAAGUACCGGACACGACCCAAAAUUCUCCCGUCUCCAUCAGCAGCGGAUUAAAUAGCGACCCGGAUGUAGCAGACAGUCCAGCGGUCACGGGCGUCUCCAGCAUGGCGGUUGCUUCGGUGAUGGGUAACCUGUCUCAGAACGCCACCGUUUUCAUGUCCGAUAUCAGCAGCGAGGCCGUCUACACCAUGUCCCCCACCGCCGGGCCGAACCAACACCUUCUCUCCUCCGACGCGGCGGGCCAAGGGCUGGUGCUGGCGGUCAGUUCCGACGGCCACAAGUUCGCCUUCCCUACCGCCAGUAGCUCCGACGGCCUUUCCAUGUUGCCCGCCAGCGUCUCCGAAGAACUCGUCCUGUCCACCACGCUCGACACCAAUAGGAAGAUCCCGGAAACCACGAUGAAUUUCGACCCGGAUUGCUUCCUUAACAACCCCAAGCAAGGGCAGACGUACGGAGGAGGAGGUCCCAAGGGGGAAGGUCUCAACGCCAACAUCCGACAAUCGCCCACCACGGACCGGGGGUUCAACUUCAACACGGCCCUCGCCAAGGAGAUCAAGAUAGAAGACACGUCCUUCGAGCAGCAGAUGUCCAAAGAAGCUUUCUCGUCUUCGUCCUCGUCCAACUCGCUUACCUUGAACACGGCGUCCAGUCUCCUCCCUUCGGGAGGAGGACUCAGCCCCAGUACAACUCUGGAACAGAUGGAUUUCAGCGCGAUCGACUCCAACAAGGAUUAUGUGUCGGGGUUUAACCAAGCAGUACAGAGUCCCCACGUCCACCAGACCCCUUCCCCUAGCUUCUUCCUGCAAGAUAGCAGCAAAGCGAUCCCCCUGGAACAAAACGCCCACAGCAGCCUGAACGACGCCGGCAGCUCUUUCGUCACCCCCUUGGCCCUCCCCAACGUCAAGACGGAGGCCUCCUCCCAGAACACCUCCAACUGCAACGGCACGGUGGAGGCCCGGAUCGAGGCUACCUCCUCGCUGCAACUCAUGCAGUUCCAGGCCAACUUCCCGUCCAUCGCGACCGAAGGGGAGGUCCCGAUGGAGACCACCCCGCAGGCGGAAGGCAACGAGAACCUGCUCAAAUCCGGGGAGCUCCAGUCCUGCGGGGCGGAACACUACAUGCAGCCCGAGGCCAACAACAGCUUGAGGAACGGGGGAAACCUCCCCAUCCUCCAGGGCAACAUGGUGCAGGGCCUCUACCCCGUGGCCCACCCGAGCUUGAACAACUCAUCCAACAUGGAGCUCAGCUUGGAUCACUUCGACAUCUCCUUCAGCAACCAGUUUUCGGAUUUGAUCAACGAUUUCAUCUCGGUGGAAGGGGGAAACAACGCCUUGUACGGGCACCAGCUGGUCUCCGGGGAGAACGCCGGGCUGUCCCAUGCGGAGGACAGCACCCGCGCAGCCUACAGCCAGGCCGAGAUGUGCAUUCCGUGCUGCAGCCCGCAACAAGCGAAUCUGAACCUCAGCAACGCGGAGAACGGCGCCAGCCCGAUGACCUACAUGCACGUCACUGAGGUGGUUUCGGCGGCGGCCGCGGCGGCCCAAGGCACCCUGGGCAUGCUCCAGCAGAGCGGCCGGCUCUUCAUGGUGACCGAUUACUCUCCCGAGUGGUCGUACCCUGAGGUCAGCUCGAGGGUCUCUUUUGCACGAGCCCUGGAUAGAACUGGGAGGGGCGGGGGUAGGGUUGUGGUGUAG